UCGUGCUAUCAGUCAUCUUUAUCAGUCAUCCGUUAUCAACCGGGACGACCGGCGGCCACUUUCUCAGUUGCAGAUACCAUCGUCUCACGCCGGAUUGGCGCCAUUCCGAAAUCGGCAGCCAAACCUGGCUCUUUCGAAUUUUCGGGAAACGACUUAACCGGUACUAUGUCUGCGUCUAUAGUCGUGUGCACGACGUUUGUGACAGUAUUUGCUCUGGCUUUGGGAUCGGUCGUCGAUAACCGCAAGCCAGAUACCGUAUUCGUGGCCAUACUCAUAAGGAACAAGGCUCACACUCUUCCAUACUUUUUCAGCGCUCUCGAAUCUCUGGACUAUCCCAAGGAUCGGAUGCAUCUAUGGAUUAGGAGUGAUCAUAAUAUAGAUAACUCAACUCAAAUUUUAAAUAAAUGGUUAAAAACAUCAGGAAAAGUUUACCGUUCAGUCGAUGUUAAAAUAGAUAAUAAUUCAACAAAGUAUGAUGAUGAAAGUGGUCCUGCGCAUUGGCCUCAUUCUAGAUUUCAGCAUAUUGUUCAGUUAAGGGAAACUGCUUUGCGAACUGCACGAGAUAGUUGGGCCGAUUAUAUUUGGUUUUUAGACUGUGAYGCUUUUAUAAUCAAUAAGUCAACUUUAAGACAUUUAAUAAAGAAAAAAUAUCCAGUUGUUGCUCCUAUGUUGAAGUCUGAUGGAUUAUAUUCAAAUUUUUGGUGUGGUAUGACUGAUAAUUAUUAUUACAAGAGAACUCCUGAUUAUGCACCUAUAGUAGAGUGGAAAAUCAAAGGGUGCUAUCAAGUGCCAAUGAUUCACAGCUCAGUUUUAAUAGAUUUAAGAUUCCAGAUCACUGACUACUUAACAUUUAACCAUAGUUUAUUGCCUAACUACAUGGGACCAGUAGAUGAUAUAAUUAUAUUUGCGAUGUCUGCAAAUUUCUCUGGUAUUCCCUUAUACAUUUGCAAUGAUGAAAUCUAUGGUUUUAUAACUAUACCACUUGAAAAAGAUAGUUCUUUAGAAAUGGAUAUAAGUCAAUUGACAAAUAUAAAGUUAGAAAUAACAGUUGACAAUGAACCCUUACAUAUUUCAAGUAAUUUAUCAGAUCUUGAUUUACCAAGUGCGCCCAUAGACAAUAUGGGUUUGGAUAAUGUUUUUGUUAUUAACUUAGCCCGAAGAACAGAAAGACGAAAACGUAUGCAUUACUGUCUUAAUGAACUUGGUUUAAAUGCAACGUUUAUCGAAGCUACCGAUGGAAGAGCUUUGACCGAAACAGAUUUGGAGUUCAUGGGCGUGAGGCUCAUGCCUGGUUAUAAAGAUCCCUAUUAUAAACGGCCAAUUACUAAAGGAGAGAUUGGGUGCUUCAUGAGCCAUUACAGAAUUUGGGCAAAGGUUGGUGAUAACGAAAAUAUUGUCGCCGCAGAGACUAAACAGAGCAUAGCAGUC